CUGUGUGUUUUGUGAUACUGAGUACAUGGCUGUCAUAGACCAUGUUUCCACACGGUGGCUGAGUCUGGAGACGGCAGUAGUCCGCAUUCUACAGCUGUAUCGAGCACUUGUCAGCUACUUCAAGUCUAACAUUGAGAAACAAGCCCGCUUUAAGAGGCUUAGGAAGCAUUUUGAGGAUCCAAUGACAGAGGUACACCUCUUAUUCUACCAGGCCACACUGCCUGUCUUCACAGAGUUUAAUUUACUCUUUCAGCGCCAAGAGCCAUCUGUGUAUCUUCUCCAUGGACAGAUGAGGUCUUAUGUUAAGAAACUCAUGUCCAAGUUUGUUACCACAACUGCAAUAAAAAAUGCUGAUGUGUGUGAAGUUGAGUAUAAAGACAAACAGAACCAGGUGGCAGAUCACAAGCUUAAUGUUGGCUGGACAACAAGAACAACCCUCAACCGUCUGCAUGAAGCUGGUGAGAUCAGUCAGUACCAGGUAGACAACUUCCACAAGGCUGUGAGGGCAUUCUUUGUUGCAGCUGUUGACUAUGCCUUUAAGAAGCUGCCCUUCAAGGAGCCAGUCCUUGAACAUUCACAAUUCAUUGACUUUCAACAGAAGAUGGACUGUGAUGUGAAUGAUGCCCUAUACUUUGUGUACAGGUUUAGUCAUCUGCUUCCAUAUGGAGAUCCCAAAGAACAGGACAAGUUGAGUGAGGAGUUCCUGGACUAUCAACUUAUGGAGGAAAAGGACAUUCCCAGAAGCAUUUGGGAGCAGGCGGUGAGCAGAGUCAGUGAGCAGGAGGUGUACCACAGGAUGGAUAAAGUGUGGGCACACAUGGCCACAAUCAAGAGUCCAGUAACAGGAAUGCCUAAGCUACCCAUGCUGAGCAAGGUGGCACAACUAAUUCUAACCCUGCCACACUCUAAUGCUGAUGCAGAAAGAGUUUUUUCAAUGAUUGGACUAAACAAGACUGACACACGGAAUGCUCUGGCCUUGGAAGGCACACUGUCUUCUAUAAUGACAAUAAAGAUGUCCGGUAUGGAGCCCAACUGCUUCAAGUAUGAGCCCCCAGCAGAAGUAAUCAAGGCCUCCAAGUCAGCUGCUUCCAGUUACAACCGUGAACAUGCAGCAGCUUCAAAUGCUGGCUCAGAAUGCACCUAAGGGCGGGGAAUCAUGGCUGCAGAACAAGAGGCUGAAGAAACUGUUUCUCAAGAGCUGCACAGCCCCUCUGAGCUGAGGAUCGUGCUGCUUGGUAGAAGUUGGACUGGGAAGAGUGCAGCAGGAAACACC